UCUCAUUGUCACUUUAACAAAAAAUAACCUAAAUAAUUUCAUCUUCCUCCCAUCCCAAAAGAACCCAAAACAUGUCCUCGUCGGAUCAACACGCACCGACGAGUGAUCCACCGGGUCCGCCGUCAUCCUCCUGCAACUCCGGCCACCACCACCAACCGGAAACGCAAACGCAGCUGCAGCCACAACCGCAGCAGCUCAGCCGCUACGAGUCGCAGAAACGCCGCGACUGGAACACCUUCCUGCAAUACCUAAAGUCCCAGAACCCACCGGUCUCCAUGUCUCAGUUCGAUUAUUCCCACGUGCUCAGUUUCCUCAAGUACUUAGACCAGUUUGGUAAGACCAAGGUUCAUCACCCAUCAUGCGUGUUCUUCGGACAGCCCGACCCACCUGCGCCGUGCACGUGUCCCCUCCGACAGGCGUGGGGGAGUUUAGACGCUCUGAUCGGACGGCUGAGAGCGGCGUACGAAGAACACGGCGGAGGGUCGCCGGAAAACAACCCUUUUGGUAACGGAGCGAUUCGAGUUCACUUGAGGGAAAUGAGAGAAUCUCAGGCCAGGGCUCGUGGAAUCCCUUACAGGAAGAAGAAGAAGAGGAAGAACAAGGCUGGCGGCUUCAACCCAAAGAAUCCCGGAAAAAACGACGUCGUUGUCAAGAAGGAACUUCCAAACUCUUCGUCUCAUCACUCCACCACUUCUUGAUCAAAGACCCCAAAGCGGUAAUCUCUCCACUCUUCUAAAUUUAUACAUGGCAUAGGUUGAAGAAUUGAUUAAGAUUAAAAAUUCGCCUAAUCAAUCAGAUAUAUUGUAUAUAUAUCUCUAGAGUUGGUGAUUUUUAAACUGUCUACCACCAUAGAACCAGGAGCUAUAGAUAUAUUAUAUAUCUAUGAUUAAAAGUUGAAACAACUACGCAACCGAGAUAUAUAGUAGGAUGAUUGAGGAAAAACCCUAGCUAUGCGUUCUUGAUGGAAGAAAAAAACCCUAAAGUAUAUGGUGGAUCGAGUUAUAUUUGGGCGGGUUCUUGAUGGAGUUAUAUUUUUCGCUGUACGUUACAUGCAUCAUGUAUAUAUCCAAGUACAUAGGCAAACGAAUGCCAUAAAGUACGCGUACAUUUUCAUGUGCAUAAACAAAUACGUAAUGUCACA